AUGACGGCCCACCUGCCCCGGAUCAAGGCCACCGCUGAAUGGCGAUCGGGCAGCAACUGGAACAGCAAUUCAUCGUGGCGAGGAGGAGGUGGGACGGAUAUCUACACCAAUAGAUCCGCCGACUCGGACAGGGACCCGGAGAAAAUUAUGCUGCCCAACGUGCCGCAGCCGAAGAACGGAAUGAUACGUACGUACGAGAACUCUUCACGGACAUUCACACGCCCCUACUCGGCAAAAACCGUCUUUUUCUACAAGGAGGGCGACGAGUAUUUUACGGGAGUUCGCAUUCCGGUUUCGAAGGCCCGCUACCGUACCAUCGACAGUCUGCUGGAUGAUUUGAAUACGAAUAUACCGAUGGCGUACGGUGUGCGGCGCUUGAUGACACCAAUGGGGAGGAAUGAAGUGCAGACGAUUGAUGAAUUGCAACACCUUGGAAAAUACGUAGCGACCUCCGGGAAGUCUCGAGGUCUCAAUCUCUCCGGAGUGGAAAGACUUCAAAAGGCAAGAGAUGCUGCCGAGAAAGCUCUACGACGAGAGGGGCCAAAUGGACAGUCAUAUUGGAUCCCGGCCUCCCCAUCGUACCGCCAGAAGUUGAGAAUGUCGAGGACGCUUGGGUUGAAUGUACAGCCAUGCAAACAGAUCUUCUUCGUGCUGAACGGGAAAACGCAAAUCUUCCGCCUCGUCCUCAACCCGAUUCGAAUGCCCCAUCUGGAUACCCUCCUCGAACAGAUCAGCCUCGGAUUGGGGACACAGCCCGUCAAUCGAAUGGUCGAGCCGGUCUCCCAACGGCCAGUCUCCAAUCCUCAUCUACAACUAAUUCAUACCAAGAAUCGAACGAACGCCCGAAAGAAUACGAGGAAAAUGACUGGGGCCCCGAAACGGAAAAUACAACGCCGGAUUCCGUCCCUGGAUCCCCCGAAUUCGGCGACGACGAAAAGUGACGAUUCCGGAAAGGCUCCGUCAGUGGAGAGCAGCGUUCGGACGAUGAAUGGAGAGGAUAUGCCGAGUGGACGAUCUAUUGAAACGAGCGCUAGUGAUUAUCCCGGUUCCCCGCUGUCCGAACGAGCGAGUGCACGAUCUGAAGAAGAGAAACCGAGAUCGGCCAAACCGGAUACCCCAGACAAUGCAGAAACAUAUCUCAGCUCCGAUGAAGACGAGGAAAUGGAGAAGCAAGAAAAAGCGGCAACGACCAUCCAGGCAGCAUUCCGAGGGCAUAAAGUCAGAAAGGAGAUGAUGGCCAGGGAGGAGCAGUAUCACCCAGAAGAACGCGCCCGUCGUCACGAGGCGGCCACAAAAAUCCAGGCCAACUAUCGCGGAUAUCGAGUGCGGAAGGGAGGCCGAGGAAUUGGCGAGGAGCAGCCCGCGGCUACAAACUACGAAGCGGUAGGAGCGGAAGAGGACGAGGAGGCACGCCACGCGGCCGCCACGCGAAUCCAGGCCCACUAUAGGGGAUAUCGUACCAGAAAACAGCUAAAAGCAGGACGAGCGGUGGAUGUUCAACAAUAUGACGAAGAAGAGGAAGCCGCACGCCACGCGGCCGCCACGCGAAUCCAAGCCCAAUAUAGAGGGUAUAGGACCCGGAAAGAGCUGAAUACAAUGAGAAAUGGGAAAGAGGAAGAGGAACUCGACCAGGAGCAUCUAGCCGCCACGAAGAUACAAGCACAAUAUAGAGGAUAUCGGACGAGGAAGGGGCUCGCGGCGGGACCCGGAGAGGAGACGGAAAUGGAUGAGGAGGAGGAGAGGAGGAGACACCAAGCUGCCACCAAGAUCCAGGCCCAAUAUCGAGGGUAUAGGACGAGGAAACAGCUCAAGAGGAGUCAAGACAGCUAUGAAGCGAAAGAAGAAGCGGCCACCCUCAUCCAGGCAACAUAUAGGGGAUACCGUACCCGAAAAAGGCUCAAACACGUCGACUUCACUGGAGAACAGCCAACUGUCAUUGAAGCUGAGGAAGAGAUGGGAGGGGUUGAGGAAGAGGUGGAGCAUCGCGUACACGAUGCCGUGGAAACUGCUGAGGGAGUGGAACAAGCGGGAGGAAUGGCGUACACAAUCGCCGUGCUGACGGGCAAUCGCUGGGGAGCAGAUUCGGAGGCAGAUCUCUACGUGACCCUCUAUGGAGAUGACGCUACGAGCACACAAUUCUGGUUGAAACCUGAUGUUUCCUGGUUGCAGAGUGGCGAGGGGAAAUUCAAGAGCAACCAGCUCGACUCGUUCCAUGUCACUUCCCAGCCACUGGGGACACUGAAUAAAGUGGUGAUCGGGCACGAGAGGAGGGGAUACGGUGCUGGGAUAUUUAUCGAGCACCUUCUCGUGACGGAGAAUGUGGUGGAUGGACGGCAAUUUGUAUUCUUUUGCUCGAAAUGGCUGGAUAGUGGACAGGUCGACGGCAAAAUCGAGCGCAGCCUCCCUGUAUCGGCCUUCUACUACAUCAGCUCAAUCCCGGAAGACGGAGUUUCAUCGCAAGGCCGCUGGGAGUUCAUCCUCCACAACGGCACCCCAGAUGGAGAGGGCGGAACGACGUCAAAUCUGAAUAUUGUCGGGUACGGCACGCAGGGCAGCUCGAUGACCACAAUAUCCACCGAUAAAAGCUUGAAUGAAGUGCCGUCUACUUCAUUAAUUCAAGUGGAUUUCGGCGAAAUCGGCGACCUGCUAAAGGUUCGCUUCGAAAUCGACGGCUCCGGCGAGCAUCCUGAUUAUUUCCUGGAGUAUGUCGAGUUGAGAGAUCUCGAUACCGAGGAGAGGCUGGCUGUUAGGGUCGGAAAAUGGUUGGACGUGACCGGGGCCCAUAAAAAGCCGCAGCCCUACCGGGAAAUAUCCGUUUUCCGGGCCGGCCAGACGCCGUUGGCUAUCAACAACUACGAGGGAAAAGUCGUCGCGGGUGACGUGAGAAUGCUAAAGACCGAAAAGUUGCGCGGGCAGCUAAUUGGAGAAUACAGCGACAGCGGCAUUUUCCCAUUAAUAAAAGGCGAUAAAAAUGAAUAUUCGUUCAAAGCCGAAUGCGUAUAUCUUGGCCGUAUCCACGGGAUUCGAAUUAUUGGCGAAUUUACCGAGAAAGGAGAAGCCGCCCUCGAGGGAUUCGCGACACUACAAGAAAUCUGGGACCGCCGCGGCGUGCCCGGGCUGGAUAUGGCCGCUGAGUUCGUGGCCACAUCAGCCUACGUGCGUGAAUCGACGCAUUGCCCGUAUCGCUACGUGCUGUCGAUGGGACGAGUGCAGGAUUUGCCGGAAGAAGAUGGGCUCUAUCAUAAACAGUUGACGCUCACCGAAAUGGAAGGCCUUCCUACGCGCUACAAAAAGGACAAACGCGAAAGCGAGCAGGACAGCUGGACGUUGAGCAUGAGCGUCAAGGACGAUUCGGAUAUGAUCCCAUACGCCGAAUUAUGCGCUGGCCCAUCCACUAUCCCAAUGAACGCACAAACGGAAGAAUUUGAAGCACAAGAGAUGAGCUAUCAAAUGAGGGGAAAAGCUGUGGGGACGGUGGAUAAAGUGAGACUGGGAGUGAGGGGUGAGAUGAGAGGACGAAGAUUACAUGUCAGACGGAUGCGUCUAUCGAACGCUAUGACUGGAGAGGAGAUGCGUUUCCCAUCGGUCGACACCGAAUUCCACGAUAAUGCCGUUUACGAGUAUCCCACCGUUUAUCCCGAUGUGCCGCCCAAGCAGAAUAUCGUGUACACGCUACAACUCGAAACAUCCUCGAUUAACGGUGUCAUCCAGCCAUGUGCUAUCCUAAUUGGAAGAGAUGGAGGGAGUGGCACACGAAUAUUGAGGGCUGAGAGGUUGACGCAGAGCGAGAUGACAGAAGACUACGAAAUCGAGGCCGUCGAUCUGGGACAACUCGAAGCAAUUGAAUUGUCGUAUGAAGCAGAAACGGACGUCGAGUGGCAACUGAUGGCGCGUGUCUCGUCGACUAAAGAUGACAUCGAGUAUCAGACGGGAAAAAUAACGAUUCGAAAACCGGGACAGUCGGUGACAAGUGCACUCGGGGAGAUCGUG